AGAAAAUACAUUUGUUAAUACAACUGAAAUAGUGUUUUUUUUUAUGUACAUUAGUUAUAAACUAGUUAGUUGGAUAUAUUUGUAGUUAGUGUACAGUUAGUACUGGUAACGGUUAUUGAGCCUGUUCAGGGCAGCUGAUUAGCCAACAUUCAUCCAUAAACCACAUAAAAACAUGAAGUGUGUGAUUGAAGGAAAUGGUGUGAAGGUUUUUGGGAAGGCAGUUCAUGCUCUGUCUCGUAUUGGUGAGGACAUUUGGUUGGACCCACUGGAGAAAGGGCUGGCCGUUAGGUCGGUAAACAGUGCCCAUUCUGCGUACGCCUGUUUCCUGUUUUCACCUUUGUUCUUCCAGCAGUAUAUCCUGAACCUAGACCAACUGAAAGAAAACAAGGCAGCAAAAUGCAAAGUUUCUUUAAAGUCAGUGCUGCCCCUCUUCCGCAAUGUAUCCUCAAUAGAUCGAACUGUGCACAGAUGUGAGAUAACCAUCAACAUCUCAGACAACAGGGUGAUAUUCAUGUUCAAAUGCAGACAUGGGAUCACCAAGACACACAACUUGAGAUACCAAGAAUGUGAAGCUCUGCAAGCCGUUUUUCCAGCUCACCUCUGUCCCAACGUUUUAAAGGCUCAUUCAAAACUUCUCAGUGAUAUGAUCUUGCACUUCCCAAUCUCACAAGAGGAAAUCACGCUGUCUGUUAUACCCGUGAGAGUGAAACUGAAGAACUACUUUGAGGAAGACAAUGAACACAAUAGGAGCAUGUGUACAGAGAUGUCUCUACAUCCUGAUGAAUUUGACUACUUCCAAGUUGGAGUGGACUCAGAGAUAACCUUCUGUCUUAAAGAACUACGGGGCUUGUUGACGUUUGCAGAGUCUCAUGGCCUCCCUGUGUGUAUCCACUUUGGUGCUUCUGGAAAGCCUGUAUCAUUCAGUGUGGAUGAUAUGUUGCUGGAGGCCAUUGUAGUGCUGGCCACACUGGUGGAUCCAGCCACUGAGAAUUUAUCCCAGGUCUCUACAGCCGAGGAGGCUCCAGCACCCAGGAAGUUAAGUAAGGUCUGUCCAGCAGACAUUUCCUUAGCUGACACCUCUGUGACUGACAUCUCUGUACAUGAGGGUCCACUGGAAGCAGAGGCUGCUCUUGUAGCAUCACAGCAUCAAGCUUUCUCUACCAGUGAGUGUGUGGCCUCCAGUCAGGACAGUCCAGUCUUCAGCCCAGCUUUCCACUUGAGGAAGCUUAUGCAACUACACGAAAGGAGAGUGGAUCUGUUAAAACCUGUUACAAGCGCCGGGUCAACACCGGCCACUUCCAAGAUCCGCUCUCUGCUCUUUGGGGCAGUUGUGAGUGGACAGGAGGAAGGAAACCCAUCAGAACUUCCCAGUCUGGUGUACGCCAGUGACACAGAGGAUGAUGCUGCAGAGGACUGCGGCCGAUUACAAAAGAGACGUAUGUAACGGAGAGAGAACCAGAUUAGUUGAUGUUGUUAGGUAUGGUAUGGAUUAUACAAAGACUUUCUACUUUAGACAUGUUAAGGUUUCAGGACAAAAGUUCUCACAUACGGCAUCCUCUAUUAUUCUAACUAUCAUUUUAAAGUGGAAUGUUUUAUUUCUGUG